AUGAAAGUUUCUACUAUUUUUGCUGCUGCAAGUGCAUUAUUUGCUGCUACCACUACUAUGGCUCAAGAUGUUGCUUGUUUAAUUAAUAAUCAACAAGUUGCUGUUGUUGAUUUAGAUACUGGUGUUUGUCCAUUCACUAUACCAGAUUCAUUAGCUGCUUUUUUCACUUUUGUUUCCCUUGAAGAAUAUAAUGUUCAAUUUUAUUAUACUAUUGUUAAUAAUGUUAGAUAUAAUACUGAUAUUCGUAAUGCUGGUAAAGUGAUUAAUGUUCCAGCUCGUUCUUUAUAUGGUGUUGGAGCAGUUCCAUAUUUCCAAGUUCAUUUAGAAAAACAAUUAUCAGCUAAUUCAACUACUGCUAUUAGAAGAAGAUUAAUGGGUGAAACUCCAAUUGUUAAAAGAGAUGAAAUUGAUGAUUUUAUUGCUUCUAUUGAAAACACUGAAGGUACUGCUAUUCCAGGUGGUGACACUACUCUUCAAGUUGUUGAUUAUGUUCCAGGAUCAAGUUCCAGUUCUGGUUCUGGUUCUGGUUCUGGUUCUAGUACUGAUUCUGGUUCUGGUUCUGGUACUGGUUCUGAAUCUGCUACUAUUAGAUCUACUACUGUUGUUUCAUCAAGUUCUUGUGAAAGUAGUGGUGCUCAUACUGAUGGUGCUGGAUCCACUGUUACUGAAGAUAACACUGUUGUUGUCACUAUCACUUCUUGUCAUAAUGAUGCUUGUCAUGCUACCACUGUUCCAGCUACUGUUAGUACUGGAGUUACUACUAUCCAUGGUACUGAAACCGUUUACACUACUUAUUGUCCAUUAAGUUCUUAUGAAAGUGUUGAAUCUACUAAAGUCAUCACCAUUACUUCAUGUAGCGAAAACAAAUGUCAUCCAGCCACUGUUGAAGCAAUCCCAUCAACUGUUACUACUGUUACUCAAGGGGUUGUUACUGAAUACAUUACUUAUUGUCCAGUUUCUUCAGUUGAAACUGCUACUCCAACUAAAGUUAUCACUGUUGUUGCUUGUAAUGAAAAUAAAUGUCAUGAAACUACUGCUAUUGCUACUCCAACUGAAGUUUCUACUGAAGUUGAAGGUACUAGUACUAAUUAUAUUACUUAUAAACCAACUGGUUCUGGUCCAACUCAAGGUGAAACUUUUGCUACUAAUGCCAUCACUUCUGAAGGUACUGUUUAUGUUCCAAAAACUACUGCUGUCACCACUCAUGGUUCCACUUUUGAAACUGUUGCUUAUAUUACUGUUAGUAAAGCUACUCCAGCUAAAGGUGGUAACCAACCUGGUGGUUCUCAAGCUACUGCUACUCCUGUUCCUGGUGCUCCUGGUGCUCCAGGUGCUCAAGCAGGAUCUGGAAACAAAGCUACUGUUGAAGCUCAAGCCACUCAAGGUGCCUUUACUCCUGAAAAUGCUGGUGGGGCUAAUGGCGAGCAAGUCGCUGUUUCUGCUAAAACCACAAUUUCUCAAACCACUGUUGCUAAAGCUUCUGGUUCUGGUAAAGCUGCCAUUAGUACUUUUGAAGCUGCCGCUGCAUCAGCUGGUGCAUCAAUCUUGGCUUUAGCUUUGAUUCCAUUAGCUUACUUCAUUUAA